GGACUUGCUUCCUGCUUUGGGAUAUGUGCAAUAAAUCACCUGGAGGAAACUCUGGCCAAGCUGGAAGAUUUUGUUAGGUCUGAUGUCUUCAAGAAAUCAGUGGGACUGUUCAGUAUCUUCAAGGACCGUAGUGACAAUGAAGUGGAGAAAAUUAAGAGCACUCUCAUCCUCUGCUAUGGAUACGUAGCUGUGUAUGCACCCAAGGAGCUGGUGCUGUCCAGGAUCGAAGCAGACAUCCUGAAGAACAUCUUCCAGUACUUUAACACCAAGGACCUGACCCUGAAGCUGUGCCUCAUCCGGAGCAUCUGCAUGAUCAGCCAAGCCAUCUACAAUGGUGUGAAGUGUGGGGACUUCAUCUUCUCCCGCAAAGCUGAGCUUGUGGCCCAGAUGGUGGAGUUCAUAAAAGCAGAACCGCUGGAGGCGAUGCGGACGCCAGUUCGCCAGCGGGCGAUGAUCACCUGCACUUACCUGGUGUAUCCUUCCUCUGCGCCCAUCCCUGUGGGAAUGCCGCUUGCAGCGCUGGCCGGAGCUGCUGCUCCUGCAGAGCCUGACCCCGCUCCCUGGUUUGCCGUCAUCCUGGAGCCCCACCUCAGCGACCCCGACAGGACGGAGCUGAUUGAUACCUGCCUCGCUAGUGUGCUUGCCCUGCCGCCGCUGGAACUGGUGAAGGAGAGAGAUGAGAACGGAGGCGAUGCCUUACACAAGGAGAUGCUGUAUGGUGACACCAUCAGUGCCCUUAAAGACCUACUGAAGAGCCUCCUGCAGAGGAACUUGACCCCCCAUGGGCUGCAGGACAUGUUUGCGCAUUUAGGCCCCUGGAUCAAGUCGAACAAGGAACACGAGCGGCAGCGAGCGGUGGAGGUCAGCGCCGCCUUGCUGGACUUCUACCUGAGCAAGCUGAACGUCAGCACUGUCAUCCCCUUCUACAACCUCGGCGUCCUGAUCGCGCUCUUCUCCCCGCGCUGCUCGGACUCACUGGCCAGCGUUCGCCAGCACGCCGUCGACUGCGUCUACUGCCUGCUCUACAUCCAGCUGUGCUACGAAGGUUUCGCCCGGGAUCACAGAGAUGAGAUGGUGGAGGGGCUGAAAGCUCUGAAGAGAGGCCUGGAGGAGCCCGACUUCACCGUUCUCUUCCAUACCUGCAACAACAUUGCCAUGGUGAUUGGGAAGCGCGUCCCUCCGGACCAGCUGAUGAGCCUCUUGCUCGCCAUGUUCGAGGGGCUGGCGGACCCCGAUAAGAACUGUUCCCGAGCAGCCACCGUCAUGAUCAACUCCCUUCUCAAGGAGCGCGGAGGCGUCUUGCAGGAGAAGGUGCCCGACAUCAUGAGCAUCAUCCACAGCAAGCUGGAGGAGGUGGACGAGGAGCACAUCCGCAAGGCGGCCCAGCAGACGGUUUACAUCCUGGCCUCCCAGCACAAGAGCGUGGUGGUGUCCAGCCUGCUGGGCAGCUCGCUGCCCUUUGACAGGUCCUGCCCUGCUCUGCCACGGUGGCCUGGCCUGCACGUGCUCUCGCGGUGCCGGGGCUUCGGAGCAGCUUUCGCCUGA